UUUCUUUUCCUUGUUUCAUUUUUGACUUCACUUUUCACUUUUCACUAUUUUCAGUGUUCAGUGUUCACACUUAGACAAAAUUGACUGGAGUUCAGUACUUAGUACUAGUCUAGUCAGUCUUAGAAUCUUGGAGUCGAGUGACUUGCAACAGGUAGAUAUAGAUUUUUGUUCGUCUCCUUGCGGACCUGCUCAUACAACAGUAAAGUAAAGAUCAAGAAUGCGCCUUCCAAAGUAUGCUUUGCCAGUUAGUGUAAUAGGCACACUAGCAGGAUCAACACUACUCUUGAACUUGAUGGAAUUUUCCACUGCUGUCGCUCUCGUCCUCAUUGUGAUUGGACUGUUCGUCUUCAGGGAUUACAGUAGUGGAGGUCGUUAUAAUGGGGAGGAGCGGAUUGCUGGCAAAACUGUGAUUGUGACUGGAGCAAAUACAGGAAUAGGAAAGGAGACAGCUCGGGAGUUGGCACGGAGAGGUGGCCGCAUCAUUAUGGCAUGUCGGGAUCUGGACAAGUGUGAGAUAGCAAGGAAAGAGAUUGUGCUAGAGACAGCUAAUAAAAGUGUAGAGUGUCGGAAACUUGACCUCGCCUCAUUUGCGUCUAUUCGUGCAUUUGCAAAACUCAUCAAUUCAACUGAGAGCCACGUAGACAUCCUGAUCAACAAUGCUGGUGUCAUGAUGUGCCCCAAGAUGCUUACAGAAGACGGGCUGGAAAUGCAAAUGGGAGUGAAUCAUUUUGGUCACUUCUUGUUGACACAACUUCUCCUGGACAAACUGAAGGCAUCUGCUCCAAGCCGCAUUAUUUUUCUUUCUAGUCUGGCUCAUACCCGUGGUCAGAUAAACUUUGAGGAUUUAAACAGUGCCCAAGAGUACAACAGCCGAACGGUCUAUGGGCAGAGCAAACUUGCAAAUGUUUUGUGCACUCAAGAGCUUGCCAAAAUAUUGGAAGGAACCAAUGUGACGGUGAACUGUUUACAUCCUGGUGUAGUGAAUACUGAGCUCUCUAGACACCUGGGGUUUACCCAAUCAAAGAUUGGCUCCUUUGUGUUUUUCCCCAUCAAGUUUCUGUUACUGAAGACUCCCUUGCAAGGAGCUCAGACUACUUUAAGGCUUGCCUUGGAUCCUAGCUUAGAAAAGGUCACUGGCAAGUAUUUCAGUGACUGUAGAGAAAAGGAACCUGCUCCUCAAGGUCAAGAUGCAGCGGCUGCCAAGAGACUAUGGGCCGUCAGUGAAGCAUGGACACGAGUCAAGCAAGACUGAGACGGUUGCAACUUUCUGACUGUGUGACAUGGAGACUGACUGGUGGAUGUAUGCAUUUUGGCUUUUUGUGCUUUGGUAUUUAAGUGAAAGUUGAAUGUCUUGGUACUUGAGUAAGGAGUAUUAGGAGUAUUUGAUGUGCAUAUUUUGUUCUGUGUAGGACUUCUUUCCGUCUGUAUCAGUCCGUUUCUUUCUUCCAUUGUUUUUUUGAGCAAUAAAUAAUCCGCCGCCGGCUUGCUAGGCCUGUCACAGUUUCACCAGAGCCCCGUUAGCCUGCAACUUUUCAGGGUGCCCCAGGUUCUCCUUCAUGGCUAGCGUGAUGCCUCAGUGGCAUAAAGCCACACAGUACUUCGUUGAACCCAGCAAUCCGCGACUUUGUCCAGUUUCCACCUCCGGGGACAUCUCAUACAGUUACCAACACACCAUCUAGCACAACGUGCCUACAUAAAAAAAUUUGAUGGCAACAAGGCUAGAUGGGGACCGAGAGAGACCUGGAUAGAUGGAGUCAGG